CACACCAAACAGGGGCAGUUGUCUGCUCGGCUACCGCUGCCAGGUUUUGUGAAUUAGCCGACGCCGUGCCUGCCUCCCCACGCUCCGCGGUCAAACAGCAGACUCAGUAAAUAUUUUAUCGCGUUAUGGGGUGGAGGGACCUGUUGUGUCUGCUGGCUCCUUUGGCUGACUUUCCAUUCUGCUGAAACUCCCUCCCGUAAGGAGGCCUGAACUUUGUUUAAAUAUUGUGAAGGGCAGGCAGGAUAUUUAUUUGAUUUAAUCAGCUGAAGGGCAGAGCCUGUGUAAAUAUGUGUUGACAUGAGUGGCCCACCUCAGGUUUGGAAUUUGAGGUCGAGGACAUCCUUUCCCCAGGAAGGAAACUCUCCAGGAAUUCGUAAAUGUGUCAUCACCUGCACAAGAUCCCAGAUCUUCACUUGAAACCGUCAACAUUCAGUCUCUGACCCCACUUCUUUAGCCUCACUGGAUUGUACAUUCAUUGUUUUUGCGUUGACCUGACUCGUGUUCCCAAGCACGCCAACAUGCCCAUCCUAAAGCAGCUGGUGGCGGGCUCGUCGCAGACCAAGCGGCGCACGCGCACGGAACUCACCACCGAGAUGAUCAGCGCCCCGCUGGGCGACUUCCGCCACACCAUGCACGUGGGCCGCAGCGGCGAGGCGUUCGGAGACACGUCCUUCCUGAGCAGCCGCUCGGGUGAGCCCCCCCGCGAGGCACCCGCCACGGCCUUCCCACGCUCGCCCAAGCCGGGCCUGCUCACCCGCACCUUCCGCAGCAGCAAGCGCUCGCAGUCUGUUAACCGCGUGGACCAGCGAGGCGACAACACGCUGCUGCCUCCAGGCGGAUCGCCGACCUUGGUCAAGAACGCCCUGUCCCUACCAUUCCUCAACGAUGAGAGCGACGGGGAGGGAGGAGGAGGCAGGGCACUCCAGAGCCUCACCUCAAGCCCCUUGAGGCAGGCGCCUGGGCCAGACAGUAGGGCCUCAUCCAACGGGGCACUGGCUGCACCACAGGUGCUCGACCUGGAGCAGCACGAGCAGCUGUUCGGGGUCCUCACGGACCUGCGCUCACCUGGCUCCUACAACGGAGGAGGAGGGGGGAUGAAGAAAGCCGAGUCGGUGAUGUCCUUCCACGUGGACCUGGGGCCCUCCAUGAUGGGGGAUGUCCUGUUUGUCAUGGAGAAGGAGGAGGACGACCUUGGGUUCGAGGAAGGGAAGAGCAGUGAGGGCAGAGCCUCUCCACCUCUCAGUGUGCACGCUGAGGGUGACGAGGAGGUGGAUGAAGAGCAGAAUAACUAUGAUGAAGAUCACAGAAAGGAGGAAGAGGAGGGGCAUGAGGAAGAGCACGGUGAGGAGGAGGAGGAAGAAGAGGUAGGUGAAGAGAAGGAUGUGAAGGUCGAGGUGAUUGAGGCACAAAUAGAGGCCCAUCCAGGGGUGCCAGAGCAUCAACAGCAACAACAGCAGCGAUACGAGCUAGAAGAGCCUGAAGACGUACAUGAAGACGUACAUAACCUACAUGAUCAGGUUCCUCCCAGACCACCAAGUUCAGUAGACCAGGACAUCCAGAUGGAUGCUCCCUACACCCCAGAGCUUCAGCCCAAGCACCUCCAGAACACAGACAGUUGCUCCAUGUCCAGCUCUAGCUCUGCAGCCUUUGAUGAGAGGCCACCAAGCCAGCUACUGGAGGUGGAGGCACCAGGCGUGACUCGCUACAGCCCACCACCACCUGUGGAGGAGGGAGAAUUCUCAUCAUUCAUAGAGGAUGAGGAUGACGAAAUACGUCUGUAAAGCUUCACAAGUGACUGGAUGUUUUUAGAGACAAGACACAGAUAUUAUGGCUCGGACCUUUUGACAUGUGUUCUGUGGUACAACUCCAGUGACAACAUGGACUUGUUGAAUAGAACUUAACGACUGUUUCCUUGAGGAGUUUCCUAGUAUAUCAAAUCCAGAGUACCAUCCGUGUGUCCUUCCGACUCCUUUACUCCGGGAGGUGAAUCAGAGUGACAGCUCCCACUCGCCCAAGAGUGUCACAUGGCAUCACCAUCUGUCUCACUUGCCUCGACACGUCAUCUGAAAAACCAAAUGAGGCACGCAACAUGACUGGAUUAUAACCAAACUUCUUCCUGGAUUGCACUGAUGCCUUCAUGAGGAGGGUAAAUGCUACAUCAAUGUUUAAGGGACGUCAAGGGCUUUUCUUCAUAAACCAAUCUAGUGAGGCUGUGUCUGACCACAUCCUCUGCAGACAGCGUGUGGGGAAACCCACAGUUUGAACAUACUGUACAUCCCGUAAUGCCAAUGUGGGUGGACUCCAUUAAUCCUGCCAUGUGAAUCUGUAGUCUGCAGCAACUGGCUGCUGUGUCUCCAGCAUACAGUUCUGUUUCUCUUCACCUCAUCAGCAGUGAUCUAGCCGAGGACAGUGUUUGGCCUGUAAGAGCGCCUGGUUGUCAGGAUUGUUCCGGAAGUUCUGUGCAGGAUUGUUCUGUGCAGUAAAUCAGUAUUGGAUGAACAAAACAAACAGCUUCACUCAGCAUCCCUUUUUUGGUUCCUCAGGUCUGGUGCCCAGACCAAGGCAAGGAAAAGUGGAUGGUAUCUCGGUUCAGAGGUCACGUGUCUGUUUAUCUAACAAAGUGCAGAGGCACAGACCAGGGACGUGACCGAGGCAUAGUUUACCCAGCGCUCUCCCUGAGCUGACUCCAGAAGGGCGUAGUAGCUGACAGAGUUAUGACUGAUUUUCCUGUGAUCAUCUUAGGGCAGUGAGGUGUAACGCCUUGUGAAAGUUGGAGCAUUUAAGUUGGUGACUGGCUGCUCCCUACCUCCACCCUGCUGCUGACUGUUAGGUAGGAGGAAUUAAUGGCCAAUUUUUUUUUCUUCACUCUAUUCUGUUCUGUUUCUUUUGAACACCUUGAAUCGUCUUUGCGAUGUGUGUGCUUGUCGUGCAGCCUGUGGAUACAGUCUUUCGUUUCUUGCCACUUCCUUCCUGUCAUCAUCUGACCUAAAUGCUAACCUGCAGUAUGCUUAGCAGCGCAAAACAGAAUGCCCCGCUGUAUAUUUCAAAACCUUAUUCAACGUACAUUCCCAACAAGACACUGCAGGAUGAAGCUGAAUGCUAGGUAGUAGAUGGUUGUUAUGAUGUCAGCAACACAGCAAGUGUCCACUAUUAUUGGUUGUUUGUAUUGUUUUUCUCUUGUGAGAAUUGCAGAUCUACAAGUGCAUUAAGCAAUCUGGCUGAGGCCGGAAGAUGUGUUUCUUGCUACAAAGCCAUUGCUGAGGUUGAAUGGUUUGGACACUGGACCUCAAGAGUCUGGGGAAACUUGAGACAUCACAAACAUGCACACGCAUGCACACACACACACACACACACACACAAAAAGUUCAAAAAGACAAACACUAACUUUUUUGUUUUCUAACAGGAGAGUUGAAUAGAUUUUAGACUGAGACAUCCAUAACCACCGAGGAGAUGCACCCCAGCCCAGUGCCUAACCUGUCAAGGUUGUCUUUCCUUAUUGAAAACAGAAAGCAUCCGAGACCCUUUUUUUAAACCCUGUAGGCCUUGUAAAUAUUUAAUGACACAGACUCUCUCCCAGGUGGUUGUGUGAGGUAUACUACCCAGGCAGGAAGGGCAUUAUCAGUUAGUCCCAUAAGCCUUAAGUAGGAAUGACAAAUGUGCCAAAUUUAAUCAAGUAUUUCCUCCUAAACUUCAGUGGCCACUGAAUUUAAUUAAAUGGAGGCCUGUCGAGUGUGUACUGCCCUGUUUUAUUUCUUCAUUUUGAUAUUUAUUGCCAACGCCUGUUACUCGAAAUCCAUUUGGCACAUGCAAAUGGCAGCACUAAAGAGGAGGAUGUCGAAUCACUUCAUGAUGUUCACUGCCAGACAGCAUGGGCCAUCUAAUUCAAAGAUUGUUUACACAAGACUCGUCUGAUGUGGUUAAAACUGUCCUUUUGUUUACGGGUUGUCGCAAACCACCGUAAGCAUGUUAGCAUGUUUAGCAGGCCUGGCUCCGUGAACAAUGUGUGAGACCCUGAUAUGUCCGAAAGUCAAUAUGCAAACUUUUCUAGGACUGACUGAGAUGUUUGUGGUGAGCAGUUUCCCCUUUUCAGUGUAUUUAUAUAUGCUAUCACCACUGUAAUAACUUUGCCCGUUUCUCCUCCUCUCUGUGUGUGGCAAUUAUUGUAUAUUCACAUGCUCUCUCCCUUUCUCGCAGAUAACUGCUAUAUUUUUCAAUAAAAGAACCAGUGGUCAUCA